AUGGGUACUCAUGCGUCAGAUAUAUUUGAUGCAACAGCUGGCGUCUUUAUCUCAUCCUACGUACUUGCGCGCUUAACAUACGCGUUAAUGUAUGUAGCAUAUGCAAUGUGGAUUCCAAUGUUUCGAAUACAUCUUAUCACUUCUGCAUGGGGGAUUAUUAUUCCUUCUGCCGUUUGGUUUGCUGCGAUUUUUGUACCACAGAACUGUGUUGUUAUUAUGUUGUGGGCUUCUGUUGCAUUUGAAUUAUUUUGGUAUGGUUUUGUGCCAUUAUAUUACCGUUGCCGAUCUAAGAUAUAUACAAGAGAUUUUGAACCCGCAGACGAACCAACCUUGACAAUGGAUUCAACCAAAUCAUCACCACUCACUCCACAUAAGGCAAUGAGAACAAAAGGAACCGAAUUUCGUUGGAAAUGGACUGAUAUAUUUUCUGUACUUAAAAUUACGGAAUAUAGAGCUGCCUUAAAUAUUGAACAUUAUAGUGAAAGAUUAGGAUUAUUUGUGGUUAUUUGUUUGGGUGAAAGC